UCGCCAGAUUAUGGUACGACGACGGAGGUUGCUGGAAGUGAGCUCACUCCGCUCGGGCAAGAAGUCGGCUUUGUAGUCGUGGUGUUUAUACUCCUUUGGGGAGGCGUUCGCUUUAUUUGCUUUUGACUAGGCAAGUGUUGGCGACUGAUAUUAUUUGUUUUUAUUGUUGUACUUUUUAUCAAGCAUCUUUGCCUGGACUGUAGCUAGCUAGGUUUUGUCUCGUUAGCUCUCGUGACGGCUCCGAGUGUAGCGGAUGAGCACGUCCUGUGUGAUCUAGUGCUGCCAUGUCAGCGAAAGCCAUCUCGGAGCAGACUGGAAAGGAGUUCUUGUCCAAGUACAUCUGCACCUCAGCGGCUGUGCAGAACCGGUUCCGCUAUGCCAACGUUACCGCCGAGACCGACUGGGCUCGCCUCACGCAGGAGCAUCCUUGGCUGCUCACAGAAAAAUUGGUGGUGAAGCCAGACCAGCUCAUCAAGCGACGCGGCAAACUGGGACUGGUGGGCAUCAACUUGGACCUACAGGGUGUUCAGGAGUGGCUGAAAAGCCGCCUCAUGAAGGAGACCACCGUGGGUAAGGCAAAGGGUGUCCUGAAGAACUUCCUCAUCGAGCCGUUUGUUGCGCACAAACAGGAGGAGGAGUUUUACGUCUGCGUCUACGCCACACGCGAGGGUGACCACGUGCUCUUCCACCACGAGGGCGGCGUGGAGGUGGGCGACGUGGAUGCCAAAGCCCAGCGGUUGACGGUCGCCAUUGAUGACAAGCUCAGCGAGGAUCAAGUGACGCAGCAGCUGCUCACACACGUUCCCGAUGACAGGAAAGAAAUCCUGGCCAGUUUUAUAGUGGGUCUCUUCAACCUCUACGAGGACCUCUACUUCACCUACUUGGAGAUCAACCCUUUAGUCGUUACCCAGGAUGGCGUUCACGUCUUGGACAUGGCCGCUAAGAUCGAUGCCACGGCGGAUUAUAUCUGCAAGGCCAAGUGGGGCGACGUGGAAUUUCCGCCACCUUUUGGUAGAGAAGCUUAUCCAGAGGAGGCCUAUAUAGCCGAUCUGGAUGCAAAGAGUGGAGCCAGUCUCAAGCUGACGCUACUAAACCCUCGCGGCAGAAUCUGGACGAUGGUGGCCGGGGGAGGCGCUUCAGUUGUAUACAGCGACACCAUCUGUGACCUGGGUGGCGUGGACGAGCUGGCAAACUACGGCGAGUACUCCGGUGCACCCAGCGAGCAGCAGACCUAUGACUACGCCAAAACCAUCCUGUCACUCAUGACUCGGGAAAAACACCCAGAAGGGAAGGUCCUGAUCAUUGGAGGAAGUAUUGCCAACUUCACCAACGUUGCAGCCACUUUCAAGGGCAUCGUCAGGGCCAUCAAAGACUACCAAGGUCCUCUGAAGGAGCAUGAGGUCACCAUCUUUGUUCGACGCGGCGGGCCCAAUUACCAGGAGGGGCUCAGGGUGAUGGGGGAAGUGGGGAAGACCACUGGUAUUCCUAUCCACGUGUUCGGAACAGAGACCCAUAUGACCGCAAUUGUUGGUAUGGCCCUCGGACACAAGCCCAUUCCCAACCAGCCGCCAGUGGAUGCACAUACUGCUAACUUCCUCCUGAAUUCAAGCAACAAUGUCAUGACUCCGGCUACCACAAGGACCGCCUCUUUCUCUGAAUCCAGGAUGUCCAACGAUAUCGCUCCUGCAAAAAGGUGCAAAGCGGGUCUUUCAGCAGAAGCGCAGGCCUCAUCAGGCUGCAGCGGAGCCAAAGCCACCACGCUCUUCAGCAAACACACCAAAGCCGUCGUCUGGGGCAUGCAGACGCGAGCCGUGCAAGGAAUGCUGGACUUUGACUACGUCUGCUCCCGAGAGGAGCCCUCGGUCGCCGCUAUGGUUUAUCCAUUCACUGGGGAUCACAAGCAGAAGUUCUACUGGGGCCACAAAGAGAUCCUGUUGCCGGUGUACAAAAACAUGGCCGACGCCAUGAAGAAGCAUCCCGGGGUGGAUGUACUCAUUAGCUUUGCGUCGCUGCGCUCGGCCUUCGACAGCACCAUGGAGGUCAUGCAGUUCCCGCAGAUUCACACCAUCGCCAUAAUUGCCGAGGGCAUCCCCGAAGCUCAGACCAGGAAGAUGAUCAAGAAAGCGGACGAGAAAGGCGUCACUAUCAUCGGCCCAGCCACAGUCGGCGGCAUCAAGCCGGGCUGUUUCAAGAUAGGCAACACCGGCGGCAUGCUGGAUAACAUUCUCGCCUCCAAGCUUUAUCGUCCGGGCAGCGUCGCGUAUGUGUCGCGUUCAGGGGGCAUGUCUAACGAGCUGAACAACAUCAUCUCUCGCACGACCGACGGCGUCUUUGAGGGUGUGGCCAUCGGAGGAGACAGAUACCCAGGUUCUACAUUUAUGGACCACGUUCUUCGCUACCAGGACACUCCAGGGGUUAAGAUGAUCGUGGUGCUGGGAGAGAUUGGCGGCACAGAGGAGUACAAAAUCUGCCAAGGUAUCACAGAGGGCAGGAUCACCAAACCCGUGGUGUGCUGGUGUAUCGGAACCUGCGCCACCAUGUUUGCAUCAGAGGUACAGUUCGGCCAUGCCGGGGCAUGUGCCAACGAAGCGUCUGAGACGGCGGUGACCAAGAACCAGGCCCUGAGGAAUUCCGGAGCUUACGUACCAAAGAGCUUUGACGAGCUGGGUGAUGUCAUCAAGACUGUUUAUGAUGAACUGGUGGCCAGUGGGACCAUCGUUCCCGCCCAGGAGGUGCCGCCACCAACUGUACCCAUGGAUUACUCUUGGGCCAGGGAAUUAGGCCUGAUCCGUAAACCAGCCUCCUUCAUGACCAGUAUCUGUGACGAGCGAGGCCAGGAGCUCAUCUACGCUGGCAUGCCCAUCACUGAGGUCUUCAAAGAGGAGAUGGGUUUAGGAGGAGUGCUGGGACUGCUCUGGUUCCAACGAAGGUUGCCACGCUACGCCUGCCAGUUCAUUGAGAUGUGCCUCAUGGUGACGGCUGACCAUGGACCCGCCGUCUCCGGCGCACACAACACCAUCGUCUGUGCACGAGCUGGGAAGGACCUCAUCUCCAGCCUCACUUCUGGCCUGCUCACUAUCGGGGACCGUUUCGGCGGUGCGCUCGAUGCCGCCGCGAAGCAGUUUAGCAAGGCAUUUGAUAGCGGUAUGUUGCCUAUGGAGUUUGUCAACAAAAUGAAGAAAGAUGGCAAGCUCAUCAUGGGCAUCGGACACCGCGUCAAAUCAAUCAACAACCCGGACAUGCGGGUGCAGAUACUCAAGGACUUUGUGAAGCAGCAUUUUCUUUCGACUCACCUGCUUGACUAUGCCUUAGAUGUGGAGAAGAUCACCACCUCCAAGAAACCCAACCUCAUCCUCAACGUAGAUGGUUUUAUUGGCGCUGCCUUCGUGGACCUACUCAGGACGUGUGGUGGCUUCACGCGUGACGAAGCUGACGAAUUUGUCGAGAUCGGCGCUCUCAAUGGGAUCUUUGUCCUGGGCCGAAGUAUGGGCUUUAUCGGCCACUACCUGGACCAGAAGCGGCUCAAGCAGGGUUUGUACCGUCACCCCUGGGACGACAUCUCCUACGUGCUUCCUGAACACAUGUCCAUUUAAGAACAUGAGACCGUGGCGCUCGCAUCUCACCUGCAUUACGUGUACGAUCUGAAUCAAAACAGCUGCCUUGGACGGGAAAAGCCAUCCUGAAGGGCGGGAAGUAUAUCCUGAUUGACAGUUCUAAGAAGCAUUAUAUCUAGAUUUCAAUGGAUUAAAAGGGGAACUAUAUUUUUAGGUUAGUUUUUGACAAUAUAUAAAAAAAUGGUUGGAGAUGUAUAUUGUGGUCAGAGCACAAAACUUGGUACUUUAAGAAAAAAAAAAUAUUUUUGGACAGGAUUUGGAUUGCUUCUCUGUUUGGACCGCAUGGAAUCAAGUGUUGAAUGUUAAUGCCAAGCGAUACUUGUCAAGUUUGUACUAAACAUUAAUACUUAUUUAUUUUAUUCGUCAUUUGCCUGUUUUAGGCCAUCAAACCUUGUGUGUUUUUGUUUAAGGUCAUCCAAAUCUAGCUUCAAAAUGCCUUCCGAAUUUUACGCCUGCUUCUGUUUUAUAAACCUCUUGUGAAGAACCCAAGUCACUUUAUGAAUAUCCCUUUACUUAUAGCCAUGUCAAUCAGAAAUAGACAGUUGUCGGUGUUGCUUCUAAGCCUGGUUCAAAUCGGUACUAGAAACACAAUUUCAUUUUUUUUUUAAAUGUGAUAACGGUUAUAAGAAGUAUCUCACCGCCCCCUACUCACACACAGACAGAAAUAGUCAAAUGUGGAAGAAUGAUCAAGUGAGCUUCGACGAGAGAAUAUUUUGGAGAAGGGACUUUUGCACUCAAGUCUUCACUCUUAACCUCAAGAGGUGUUAUUGUAAUUUCCCAUUUUAUAACCUGCAUUGUUGUUGUUUGCUUUGCUUCUACAGGUGCUGCUCAAUAAAUUAGAAUAUGACCAAAAAGUGAACCUUGUGUAUUAU